CGCAACACCCACUACGUUCGAAUCAUUUAUGUCCGGCAUUCCGCCUCAGCUGCGGCUCCAUCGCGUAUGGUGGACACGGAAGAGCUCCAGCAUCCCUGUCACAAUGUUCACAACAGCAACGUUAGACCGCUUGGACAUGCUGGAUACACAGUGUCGCAAUUACCGGGGCGGCCCUCAUGUGGCUGCUGUUUAUCUGCCGCUGGUGCAAGCAGCCAACAAAAGCGGCUUAACAAACGAAAACGAGCAGGCUGUCAGAACGGCUGAGGAAAAACUGCAGGAGCUGUUCUACAGGAUGGAGGCGACGACGGAAGCGUGCCACAUGCACAUCCUGUUCCUGUACGAAGUUACGAGCGAUUCUGCACUUGCGUACCUUACCCCCAUCAAUGCGCUCCGUAACGCUGCGCUGCUGGCCAGUCAGACGCAGCUCGUCAUGAUGAUUGACGUGGACCUCUGCGUCAGCAACACGCUCGUCCAGUUCGUCUCCGAAUCUAAAUACAUAGAUCAGCUUGUCCGCAUGUCAAGCAACAGCUUUUGGGUGCUGCCGGCGUGGGACGUCAACAAGCAGCUCCCCCAGGAGCAAAUAAAUGAGGUGGCGGCGUCCGCUGCGUCAGGCACCAAGAUGCAGCUUGUGAAAUUGUGGUUGAAUGGAAGUUUAAACUGGUUUGGGCAGCACUAUUUCCAGCUUGGCCACUCGCCAACAAACUAUACACGGUGGCUGAUGUCCCGCAGGUCCUACGUCAUAGACUACAGCAUCGGCUACGAGCCGUGGGGGCUGGUGUCUAGGGAUCGGAUGGCUAUCGUACCGUACGACGCGAGGUUUCGGGGCUGUUACAACGACAAAAUCGCGCAUGUGGUGUCACUGCAUCAUUCCGGCCUAUUGUUCAAGGCGCUACCUAACGCCUGGGUAGUGCACCGCCCCCACGCACUCAACCCCGCGGCGGCUAUCGCCAAGGCGGUGGUGGGGAGCUCCUUGUCCCAGCACGGAGUCGGAGCCCUCCAGGAGGUUGUACAUAUGCACGGCAAGAAUGCGAGUAAGUUUGAGCACCACAAGGACUGGUCCCACGUGCUCCUAGAUGACUCCGUCGUAAGGAUGCUGGCCAAUCGCUACCGGCCUUUUCCCGGCAAGCAGUACACGUACUGCCGCCGUACGUUGCCGUGGUUCGCGACCAAGACCACCCAAGCGACUGUCGCAACGACGACAACGACGCAACGUAGAGACGAGGAGGUCACAUAA